AUGAAAGAAACUAAAAUAAAAAAAUUGCAUAAUUCGUUGGUAGAAUCGAUGGACAGAAGGCUGAGGGAGGCUGCUCAGAAAGGAGAUGUUCAUUACUUGCAAAGCUUGAUCAAAGAAGUCCCUUUUCUGCUCAGCACAGUUUCAUUAGCAGGUAGUAAUGAAACUCCUCUGCAUAUUGCUUGUUUGAGUCUCCAUCUUGAGUUUGCUAAGGAGAUCAUUCAUCUGAGGCCCGAAUUUGCAAGAGAAGUAAACCAGGAUGGUUUCAGCCCUUUGCAUAUUGCCUCAGCAAAUGGAGAUAUAGAGAUUGUGAAGGAGCUAUUGAAGGUUGACCGUAAUCUAUGCCUUCUCAAAGGGAAGGACAGAAGAAUUCCCCUUCACUACGCAGUAAUCAAAGGCAGAAAACAUGUUAUAAAGGAGCUUCUUGUGGCUUCUCCAAACUCUGCAGCAGAAGUGACUGCUCGUGGCGAGACUUGUCUUCAUUUAGCUGUCAAGAAUCAUCAGUUUGAAGCUUUCAAAUUAUUACUUGAGAAUCUCAAGGAAUUUAACAAGUAUGGUCUUUUAAACAACAAGGAUAUUCAAGGAAACACUGUUUUGCAUCUUGCUAUGUCAACUAAGCAAUUCGAGGUUGUUGAUCUAUUACUUGACGAAAAUUUUGUUGCUAAAGGCACUAUUGACGUGAAUUCUUUGAACAAAGGAGGCCUUACACCUUUGGAAGUACUACUUAAGGAAUCUGGAGAUAGAGAUAUUGAGGAAAUUCUAAGAACAUCUGGUGCUGUAUCUGCUGAACACUUGCAAACUUCGCAACAAGAAGGUUUGCCACAAUCUUGGGUUGUUCCAGUUCAAGAUCCAUCAAAUGAACAAUCCAGCAGAGAACCAACAAGGGACGAUGGGCCUCGAUCUAAUUCUAAGAAGCUUCAGGAUUUCUUCAAGUACAAUAAAACCAAAGAUUGUCCAGGAAAAGUAAGAGACACCCUUCUUGUUAUAGCUAUUCUAACCAUUCUAAUUGCAACAGCAACUUAUCAAGCAGGUUUCAAUCCACCAGGAGGCUUAUGGCAGGACACUUACUUGCCUGACGACAAUAACAACAGUACUAGUUAUGAUGGCAUAUUAGUAGUGCCCCUGCGGCAUUUCGCAGGACAGUCAGUGAUGGCUACCAGGGGUCCAAUGCUCUAUGGCUUGUUCUUGGUUUUCAACUCCCUCGGAUUUUUCGUAUCCCUCCACGCCAUAAAUUUCCUUACAAUAGGAUUUCCUUUGCAGUCAGAACUGCAAGUCUCACUUUUUGGCUUGGCGGUAACCUAUAUUAUUGUGAUGGUGUGCAUAAUACCUUACUGGGAUAUUUUUUACUUGUUUGUUAUCGUUAUCGUAGUCUUUUCAGUACUGCUUCCUUUGAUUAUAGUGACGUUGAGAAACUAUCACAAGAAACCUAGAUUCCUAUCCUGA